GAAAUGUGGAACCAAAACCUUUACUUGAGCAAAGUUUAGCAGCACAAAAACAGGAGCAGUUGAUUGGAAACAAAGAUGAGAGGACAACAUUUGCACAUUCUUUGCCAUCAACUCCAGGUAUGAUUGCAAAAUGAUGAGGUUAUUAUUUAUUUUUUUUCUGUUUCAUUGGGAUUAUAAGGAAUGCUACUUUAUGUGUAAAGAAUGAGCUUUGAACUGACUAAUAUGGAAGUGAUUUUGAGUUUUGUUUUUCCCAUUGGAUGUGAUGCUAGUCCAUCAAAGGUUUACCAAGGUCUUUUAUCAGGCCUCCCUGAGAGUUAUCUGUUGCCUGUGUAUACUCCUAAAUGGAGAGAGGCACUAAGUUAGUAAAGAGACUUGCCCAAGAAUAGAAAACCUGACCUUGUCAGUUCUUAAACAUGUGUCUUUCUGAAUGCUGAAUUUAUCACAUUAACUGUUAGGCCACUGCCUCCUACAAACAGCUAAAUAGAAACUGCUAAAAGUGACCAGGGCACCUCACAAGAAUGUCCACAUCCAUAAUGUGAAAAUACCAUGUUUGUGUGAAAGUUUGAAAGCAAUUUUGAUUCAGCGGGUGUAAAUACAAGCUGUCUGUUGACAAAACUGUCUUUUUAGAGAGCUUUCAUUUUCAUUUUGAUGAAAAUUUGCAUUUCAUCUUUUCCAUCUUUUAUUUUUCAGUUUUUAAUUGAAAAUCUAGUGCAAGUUCAGUGAAAUCAGCAGAUCACAGGGGGGAACUUGUAAAAGAGCUUAGAUGGUACUACAAACAGUAUGUGAAGACAGCAAAACGGAACAAAGAGAGGCUUGCCAAUGUAAGUUUGGUUUUGAAAAAGCUGGAGAGGAAUAAGAUUUUCCUUUGGAAAUUAACUAAAUUUAUGUUGUUCUCUGAUUUGUCACUAGAAAAUGUAACAGGAGUUUGAUCUGAAAAGAGAAAGCUGCUGAAUUGAAUUAUGCUUAAGUUUCAUAAGAAAUUGCAGGACAGGGAAAAAGUAGAUUCAAAGAUUUAGAUAUAUUCUCUUCUGUUUAAAUAGAACUUCUAGUAGAGGUAAUCACCAAAAAAACUUUUUCUUGUAUGCACCCAAGCACAUAACAAAGUUUGUUGGGUCAUUCCCUAUGCCACUGGUUGUGGAUGUUUCCUGGAGCUUUGGUAAUUUGCAAACCAAUCUGAAAAGCUCUAACUGGUAUUAGGAAACAAAAAAUAACAUUUUUUUUAUGUAUAAUGCUGCAACCAUUGUGGAUUCUGCUUGUAGUGGAAUCUGUCAUAAAAGUCUUACUUAAUAUUUGAAAUUUUAUUCAUGAGAUCAUGAAUACAAUUACUGUUUGUUUUUAUAUUACACUAAAGUAACCAACAUUAGGGAUGAUAACAGCAGUAUCCUGAGUUUAGAAGGGAUAUCUCUAAGUGAGGUAGUACUUAUUUAAACUGCCUAAUUUAAUUUGCAGAUGUAAUCAGCCCAAGCUAGUGAUAUGUUGGAUAACAGUUAUACAGGAUCUGGUAACCAGCAAUAAUUGAGACCAGAUUUCUUUGGUGACUAAUGUGGACAUACUUGGAGAUUUAUUAAGCUUCUUGCUGCAAUUUUGAAUGUCAAGUUUAUUACCAUUGUGAGAAGUACUUCAGUAGAAUCAUCCAUUGUGUUUGGUGAGCAGAUGCCUAAACCUGAUCAACUGUCUGAAAAACUUGACUUUAAUUGGAGAAAACCUGUACUCAUCUUAGGGAUUUAAAAAAAUCAAUGAACUAUUUCUUGUUCUUUAAGUAUUCUAAUUACAAAUUUUUGGAUGCAUAAGUUGUUUUUACAUUUUCCAUUGGUUAAAGAUUUUUUAACCAGUUUAAGAAGUGUUUUUUUGUUUGUUUUAAAGAACAUUUAUAGUAUUGAGACAAGGAAAAAUUGAACCAGCUUUUGAUCAUGAAGUCGGUGUGAUUUAUAUAAUUUGUAUAUAUAGCUAUGUAUAGAUAUAGAUAUAGAUAUAUAUAUAUAUAUAUAUAUAUAUUUAUAUUUAUAGGGAAAUGCAAAAAAAUUCAUAUCUUGAAAUAGACAUUCAAAUGUGUUUUGCAAAUAGGAAUAAUGUUGUGGGAAUGGUAACAAAGUUAGCACGUUUAUCGUUACACCGGCAAUCAAAUAAUUUAUAUUUGUUUCUUUUUCCUUGAAUAUGAUUUGCUAAGAGAUCUUUGAGGGUGCUUGGGAUGUAUAUAGUAAAAAGCGGACUAACGCGAACUUCCACCUCCUUCCGUAGCUUAAUUUCUAGGAGUGCAUGUAUCAGUUGAGACUGCGAUCCUCUCCAUCGUGUGUAUUGAAACUCUCAUUGGUGGAUAUUGAUCUCCCUCGGUCCCAGGUUCCUUUGUCAAUAUUUUACUCCGGAGAGAAUAUCGUAGUUUUAGCUUGUCAUGUACCUUUAGGUGACAGUUUUCAAUUUUGCAGGAUAGGACUGAAAACGGAUCAAACGGUCGAACGAUUUACUUCGUUUGGACCUAAUUGCAUAACUUGCUUGUAAGCCCGAUAUCAUUAACCCACUUUCAGUUUCUACCCGUAGUUCGGGAAAGCAAAGGCUCGUUUUGAAUCUUCGACAUGUCAACCAGUUAAUAUACGAGCAGAAGUUCAAAUGUGAAGAUCUGGGUGUCGUUACGCAGUUGUUUUGAUCGUAAUUAUUACUUGUUUAAAUUUGACCUUCAGUCUGGUUAUCACCUCAUUGAAAUUUUCCCAGACCACAGAAAACUUCUCGCUUUUGCUUGGGAUUUUGGGAACGGGGUUUCAAGAUAUUUUCAGUUCUGAAAAUUUUCAGAGCUCAUAGAGCCUCUGUGCUUCCUUUCGGGUUUUCUUCAGCUCCGUAUGUUUUCACAUCGAUUUUUAAGCCAUUAAAGAAAUCGUGGAGGAGCCAGGGCAUCCCUAUAGCUAUUUUCCUCGACGACGGUUUAGGAGGGGGAACAGAUUUUGUUUCCGCUAAAGUUAACAGUUUAGUCGUCCAUUCAGAUUUGCUCAAGUCUGGAUUUGUUCCUAAUGAGGGAAAGGCCCUUUGGGAGCCUCUCCAAGUUAUCACCUGGUUGGGUGUGAUUCUCGACACUAUUGAUCGGACUAUACAAGCAACCGACGAACGUAUUGAAAAGUUAAACGCUGGCCUUGUUGAGCUGCUGUCUUGUCAACCUCCCCGGAAAGUGCACGUGAAGGGAGUCGCCAUUGUAACGGGUCAAAUAAUUUCCGUCUUUCCCUGUGUGGGUUCCGUCGUCCGUAUUAUGACUAGAUUUCUUUUCUUGGUCGUGAAUUCGGCGCGCUCUUGGGAAAGCGAAGUUUUUCUCUCAGACGACUCUCUUUCAGAAAUCAGUUUCUGGAAGAACAACUUGGUAUUCUUCAAUAGCAAGGUUUGUUGGUCGGUCCUGUCCCUUCCGGUCAGGGUCACCUUUUCAGAUGCCCCCAAUUCGGCUUGUGGUGCUUUCGUAAAAGACUCAAAUUUAGUAUUUUAUCAGAACUGGUCUCCUGUAGUGCGUGCCUAAAGUUCUACAUGGAGAGAACUCAAAGCUGUUUGCCUCCCCUUGGAAGCUUUCGCGAGUCAUUUUUCUGGUGUUAAGGUUAUUUGGUAUUCCGAAAACCAGAACGUCGAAUCUAUUCUUCAAAAACCGAUUAUGAUGACUAUACCAUUAACGAAGCUAUCUUUCAAAGAAUUAACCUAUUUUGGGGGUCCCACACCGUUGACAGAUUUGCUUGUUCCUAUAAUGCUAAGGUACCAAGAUUUAACACUGAGAUUUUUUCAGACUGGCUGUGUAGUAGUAGAUGCCUUCUCCCCAGUUUGGGGGCACGAUAACGAUUGGAUUUGUCCUCCAUCGUGCCUAUUAAUUAGAGUGGUAAAGCACAUGGAAUUGUGUAAGGCGAGAGGAGCGGUUAUCCUCCCCUUGUGGAAGUCCUCUUGCUUAUGGACUUUAUUUUGUAGAGAAGGUGUGCAAUGGAACAGUUUCGUAAUUGACUGGGUGUUUUUACCCAAGUUCCCAGGUCUCUUUAUCAGAGGGAAAGCCCGAAACUCGCUUUUCGGUUCCAGACCCUUGGACUUUGAUGCUAUAGCCCUUCGAAUUGAUUUCGCCGCCCCAGAUCUCCCUGUGCUUACGUAGGCUUCUGUACGAAGUUCAGUAAAGACUGUGAUCAUUGUAAUUAGCCCGGCGGGAUUUUGUAUUCACCGCGGAAGUUUUCUCUUCUGGAUGCAAACGUGAUUUUGUUUCAGUCAAUCCCAGCGUAAUUGCUCUAAGUUCUUUGUACUUAGCUUAUGGGUUGUUUGGCACUUACUCAGGCUUGAAGUGACUUAAAUCAUAGAAUUGCUCGUCAAUAUUGCGUAUUGCGUUAUGACACGAGUAUGUGUCAAGAAUUUAUUCAGCAUUGUUUGAAAUUAAAGGGACCCAUUUGUGGUCCACUUUGCAGAUUCCAGUUGUCUAUGUAUUCUCUGUUGGAGUUUGAUUAUUCCCGGUUAUUCUAUUUUUAUUUAUCUAUUUCUUUAGUUAUUUCUUGUUGGAUUGUACUCCUCUCUUUGCCUUAUUUUAUCUCUCUUUUAGAUAUUUUUCAUUCGGGAUUUAAGGCAUUCCGGGACAGACCGCUUGACAACUUGCUUGAGGGACUGAAAGAUCGACUGAAGACGACUGUACUCUCUUCCAAAGCAAAUGGGACUGUUAUGGUAUACAACCGAGCUUUCAGCGGAUGGAAUCAGUUUGCAAACGAUAAGUUAAACGGGAAAGCCUUUCCCGCUAGCCCUUUUCACGUGGCUUUGUAUUUACAAUAAUUGGUAUAUAAGGGAAAGUAUAGCACGUGGUGUCCAUCUAGGCCUCAGAAACAACCGUUCACCUCUGGCUGAUGACAAAUUUAUUUUAGUUUGAAAACAUAUUUUCUUUAGCUGUGAAGCCUCGUAGGAUGGGCUGUCAACUGCUCUGAGUUUGGGCCAUGGUUCCUACCCAGAUUUCCUGUCAUGUUUUUUCCCCUAAGGUGUUUUUUCUGGCAGGUUUUUUCUGGCCUCUGUAUAAACGUAGUUAUGUCCUUGUAAGCGGUUGCCCAUCUCUGUUAAUCCAGACUUGGUGAAGUUUGCAUGUUAGUAAUGUAUACCUUUUUUUUUUUUAAUGUGUAAGGAAUUGACUGUAUAUCAGGAUUCUAUAUGGUAUAUCAGUUGCGAAUAUAUGUAUUUAUACAUUCUCCGGGCUAUAUAUGCCUCGGGUUGGUUCUCGGCAGGCUUCCCUAAAUAAACUUAUUUGGUGUACACUACUGUGUUAUUUGUUGUGUAGUGGAGACAAAAUUUGUAGUUUUUCAUUGGAUGACAAUAAUCAAGGUCAGUUGGGAGGAGGCUGGGGCUGGGUCCUAUCUAUUAGUGAUAAGGAUGACCGUCGAGAAUAUUGAAGGCUGAAAAAUAUGUAAAAGGCUGCUACACUAUUGAUUUAUGAGCCUUUGGUAAAACCAACGUUUUAUUCCCCCUGCCCCCCCCCCCUUUUUAAAAUCAUUUCAAGUUCUUUCAGGGUUGUAAGUCAAGCUCUGUGAAAAUAAACCACAUACCUUUAUUUACAGACAGAGUUUUAUAAUUACAGCUCGCGUUCUUUUAUAUGAAACUCAUGCAUUUCCAUAAAAUCCGUUUUUCAUCGGGGCUCUAAUCUGAAAUUGAAUGAGCGACGCACGCUCCUACCAAGUGAAUUAAUUAAACCUCAUCAAGUGAUUUUUGUUUCCGGCAAGUCGUACAAACUCUUACGCUACACUUUUGUGAAGCCCACAUACCUGAUCACUGAUGAGGAUUAACCUUCAUCUAACAUAUGGAAUUAUUACUGCAAAAAUAUCUUUUCAUCUGCCAUCAGUUACACUGAGAAAGGAAUGGAGCAAGAGCCUAUUGUUAUAGACCACAUUACUCGUUGUGUGACUUGACAUCGGCUCCGAAAAUAAAAGGUCACGAGGUUCGAUCUGCCUGAUUGGCUAGCAUAUUUAUUCUGGCUGAUGUUUCUCGGAAUCACAAACAAUACAAGGAUGUGUUUCCUUUCGCUCUAAUUUCGCAAUCUGCCUUCGCGAUGGAGUCUCUCUUGAAGAACCUCGAAAAACAUGUUACUUGCUCCAUUUGUCUUGAUACUUACACCAAGCCUAAGACCAUAGCUUGUCUUCAUACCUUCUGCUUAAUAUGUUUAGAGGAGCACGCUUUGAGAACCCAAAGACAAGGACAAUUUCGAUGUCCCGAUUGUCAGGCGGAAGUGAAUAUCCCAGAAGGAAAUUGUUUCGAUAAUUUGCCGACUGGUUUUCUGCAAAACAGUUUGUUGAGUCUUCUCGCUGUACGACAAAGUGGCGAUGGAAGUCAGAUCAGUUGUGGUAUCUGUAAGAAAAAGAGCGCCGAGAUCAGCUAUUGCUUCGGUUGCGAAAAAUUACUGUGCCGUGAUUGUGUUAAUGCACACGAAUUGUUUCGAGAGAGCGCCUUUCAAGGACACAAAGUGACGGCAGUGAAACAGUUUCAAGCCGUAGAUUACGAGGCCUUGUUAAAGCGUCAGUCCUUUUGCCCUCAGCCUUACCACGAGAGGGAGGUAAGCAGGUUUUUUUGCCUUGAAUGCCAGAUUUGUGUUUGUCAAGUUUGCAUAAACACUGAUCACAAGAAUCAUAAUGUUGAUCCGCUUGAGAAAGCAGCGGAUGCCGAGAAAACAAACAUCAUGGCGGCAGUCGAGUCGAUAGAACAAAAGAAGAAAGUUUGUGGCGAUACGAUUAACACUUUUCAACAAGUUGUUGUAGAGCUGGAGCGAAAUAUCACCGCUGCUAAACGAGAGGUUUCCCAAACAGCCGAGGAAAUGGUCGCGAAGAUUCGAGAACACGAGCGGAAAGCCACAAAAAUCCUCGAGAAUACACGCGUGUCUAGAAUGGAGAAAAUAAACUCUCUAAACGAGCAAGUAAAGUCAUUCAUCAAACAGCUUGACCAAGCAGUUCAGUUUGCAAAAAACCUGGUUGAGAGAAGCUCAAGUUCGGAUGUUAUGAAAAGUAAGAAGAGUUUAGAGCAGCGAUUUGGAGAUCUCGACAAGGCCACAGUCCCUUCGCUUCCGGUUAGCUCAUUCGUGAAGUUUUUCUCGACUAAUACACUUGACAACCUAAACCUGGGGUCAGUGAUAACCAAUGAAACAGAUGUACGGUUAUCAUCAAUGGAAGCUCUUAGUAAAAAUCUCCAAGCUGGUCUGGAAGCAGAGCUUCUGAUUUGUCCAAGGCGGGAGAGUGAAGAAGAGCUUUCAAGUAAAUGUCAGCGUGAACUUGACGUUAAAGUGCUCAUAGAACCCGCUGAGAAUGUAGCAAGUUUAAGAAUUUUUAGAAAAGAAAAUGAUGAUUUCCACGUGAAGUUUGUUCCUAAAGUACCUGGCAUCUACAACAUGACAGUCAAGAUAAAUGGGAACAAACUUGUUACCAGUCCUUUCAGGGUCCAGGUAAAGGAACGACGGAUUGAUGUUGUGGGCGAGUUAGUUCUAAAAAAAGAAACUUGUUAUAGUCCAAAUUGGAUUGCUGUCAACAGCAAAGGAACAAUCGCUCUUAGUGACGGUGAAAAAGACUGCAUUCUUAUGUUUGAUAAGGAUGGAAAUUUUGUGCGAAAAUUUGGCUCUUAUGGAAAAGGGCCUGGGGAGCUGAAUGAUCCAGCUGGAGUGACAUUCCUGAAUGAUGAAAAGCUUCUGGUGGUAGAUGACAAUAAUUGCCGAAUUCAACAAUUCAAUGUACAGACAGGGAACUUUGUGAAGAGCUUUGGAGAGAGAGGGAAUGGAGACGGUGAAUUUAGAGGACCCGAUGGAAUUUCCAUAAAUAAUGAAGGUCAUGUCAUUGUAGCGGAUUACUUUAACAACAGAAUCCAGGUAUUGGACAAAGAUGGUAAAUUCAUGUCCAAAUUUGGAGACAACGACCCUGAAAAGCUAAAGAAACCUAGUGGAUGCAUCUAUCACAAAGACAAGUUCAUUGUAUCUGACAGUGGAAACCAUUGUUUGAAAGUGUUUGACAAAUCAGGGAAGUUCCUGUACAAGAUUGGAGAAAAAGGCAAAGCUGAUGGACAGUUUUCAAAUCCAUGGGGUUUGUGUGUUGAGAAAUAUGGCGAUCAUCAGAAUCUUUUGGUGUGUGACAAAAAUAAUGGACGCAUUCAACAGUUUACAAUGGAAGGUCGUUUUAGUGGCAAAACUGUUAUUGAGCUAAAAGAUCCGAAAGCAAUAGCUACAACACCAGAUGGUCGUAUUUUAAUUUGUGACUGUGAAGACAAGAAAAUUCAUAUCUUGAAAUAG